UUUCAGUCUCAGACAGGAAUGUGCUACAAGAGGACAGGGGCGACCAUCCUUGUGACGUCAGCAUGCAACAUCCUCUGCUUCAUUCUCGCAGCCAUCAUUCCCAUACCUGCCAUGAGGACCUUCUGCUUGCAGGUCAGCCAGCCAGUUCAUUCUUCUUCAUCAUGCUUGUAA